AUGACAGACAGCCAGACUCAGGACGACGUGUCCGGGAUGCACCAUCGGAUACCCAACUCAUUCCGAGAACCAUCAGCGGCUCCAUUACGGAAACUCAGCGUAGAUCUCAUAAAAACCUAUAAACAUAUCAAUGAGGUUUACUAUGCAAAGAAAAAACGUCGAGCUCAAGGUACCCAGGGCGAUGAGAGUGGAAACAAGAAUCGUAAAGUAAAUGUACAUCAUUACAAUGAUGGGUAUGAUGAUGCAAACCAUGAUUAUGUGGUCAAUCCUGGUGAGAAGUGGUUAGAUCGCUAUGAAAUAGAUUCCUUAAUAGGGAAAGGUUCCUUUGGUCAGGUUGUAAAAGCUUAUGAUCAUAAAGACCAAGAACAAGUGGCUAUUAAAAUCAUCAAAAAUAAAAAACCUUUUUUAAACCAAGCUCAAAUUGAAGUGAAGUUAUUAGAAAUAAUGAAUAAACAUGAUGCAGAAAAUAAAUAUUAUAUUGUUCGUUUGAAAAGACAUUUUAUGUUCCGAAAUCAUCUGUGUUUAGUGUUUGAACUAUUAUCUUAUAAUUUAUAUGAUUUAUUACGGAAUACAAACUUUCGAGGGGUCUCGUUAAACUUAACGAGGAAAUUUGCUCAACAAUUAGCGACAGCGUUACUAUUUUUAGCAACUCCAGAACUGAAUAUUAUACACUGUGAUUUAAAACCUGAAAAUAUUUUAUUAUGUAAUCCCAAACGUAGUGCCAUUAAGAUUGUUGAUUUUGGUAGUUCGUGUCAAUUAGGGCAAAGAAUAUAUCAGUAUAUACAGAGUAGAUUUUACCGAUCACCCGAAGUUUUAUUAGGUAUUCCCUAUGAUCUAGCAAUAGAUAUGUGGAGUUUAGGCUGUAUUUUAGUUGAGAUGCAUACUGGAGAACCUUUAUUUGCUGGCUCAAAUGAGUUUGACCAGAUGAUGAAAAUAGUUGAAGUUUUAGGAAUUCCACCGGAUAAUAUUUUAGAUCAGGCACCAAAAACAAAAAAAUAUUUUGAAAAAACGCGAGAUGGUUCCUAUGUGUGUAAGAAACCAAAAGAUAGCAAAAAAUAUAAACCACCCAACUCAAGGCGAUUACAUGAUAUAAUUGGAGCUGAAUCAGGAGGUCCAGGUGGCAGACGGACAGGAGAACAGGGUCAUACAGUUGCAGAUUAUCUCAAAUUCAAAGAUUUAACAUUACGAAUGCUGGAAUUUGAUCCCAAGAAACGAAUAACACCUUACUACGCUUUACAGCAUAAUUUCUUUAAAAGGACAAAUGAUGAAAGUACGAAUACAUCUAAUAGUACAUCCACAAGUCCAGCCUUGGAGCAAACUGUCUCGAGCCCUACAGGUAUGAGUACAAGUAGCGGAAGAGCUAGAUCAGAUCCAACGCAUCAACAU